AUGACUUUCAACUUGCAAUUGCCGACCUGGCAACCAGGUCGUCUGACUGGUUUUCGUAUCCCCAUGAAAUCCUUGACGCUGAUUGUGACUCUGCUUUACAGCCUACAUGAACUUGAUGGCAAGACUUUGAAUGUUGUUGCUGCUACGUCUUUGGUAUCUCAAGGACAUGAUGUUCCGUUGGAAGGUAUCAAUAACAAGGUGGUGCGUCGUCUGGCAGGUGGAGAUAAGGAACAAGGCAGCGAAGUUUGCAACAACUCGGCGUCGUUUUUGGGCGUGGGCAACACCGAGUGUCUCAACAAAAACCUUCGGACGGCCGUAUUCCUGAUGGCAGUUAUCGUCGCCGUAUCGAUCAUAGUUGACCGACUUAUCCAUUUCAUUCGUGCGUCUAUCAAGUGUCCGCAACUUCGUAAGAUUGUCAACCGCAUCUUUGAAGAAGUGAUGAUCAUGGGGUUCCUGUCCAUGGUGAUCUUUUCUCUCAACACGAGUGGUGCCAUGACGUCACUUGCAUUAGACAAACUCACGGCAUCGGAGAAGCUCCACUUCUACGAAUUCUUCCACUAUAUCGUGUUCCUCACUAUGAUAUACUUCAUCGUCAUUGUCUUGUUGCUGCUGUUCAUCGGUACAGUUGUGCCGAAACUCGUUUGGGAGAUCAACAAGCAGCGUCGAGAAAGUAUUAGCGACAUUCAAAACGAAGACACGUAUCAAUCGCAGUUUCCGAGUUUCACUGGAAGCAGCAGUGAUUGUCCUGUCAAUCGAAACCGCAUGCGCCACUCUUUCAUCCGAGACGCGUCCUCGCUGGGUCGCGAUAUCAAUCCUUACAGUGUGGGUACCAGCACAAUUGAUGACGCGAAUCGCACACUCGAUACACCCCCAGGCGACUAUUACAUGACAAUGCGAGCACGACAAUUUUCUGAUGGGGAUGACAUGCAUCGCUCGUUGGCUAUGAGGGCGCGAGCGUUGUCUGGCAUGGACCUCGUCAUGGGUUCACGAGUGUACAGCCUUUUGCUUCAGCGAUAUCGUCGCGAAGGUUGGUGCUUUCACUUCGACAUCCGCAAGCAAUGGAACCGCUGGAAGAGCUUUGAAAUCCUCGCGUACAACAUUUGCCAGCACAGAAGCGGCUAUAUCUACAAAAACCCUAUUGAAAUGGAGAGACUAUUUGGUGUCCGGCCGACUCGCUGGCGGGAUUUUCGAGACGCCGCUGGCACUCAAGGAGAAAAUGGUGCCGAUUGCACAGACGAUGAAAACGGCAUGACUUAUGCCAAGUAUCACGUGCUGUGCAUGCGCAACUUGUUGCUCCACAUGACCAACAUCCCCCCAUUCGCGUUCCUAAUCCUCCUAGCCAUCUCUCUGCUGCCAUCCAUCUUCCCCCAGCAAGAUCACCGGAUUUUUAUUGGCGUGGGAGGCUUGCUGCUGCUCAUGAACGUUGUCAUCUUUUUCAAGGUGCUGAAAAUUCUGCGCGGUAUCGUAGACGACCGCCUCCGGAUCAUCUCUUUGCGUGACAUUCAGACGCGACUCGCGAAAGAGCUUCAGAGCUCGCAAAGUCGCGCUCAAGGGCAUCAUGUUAUCUCCCCGUCUAAUUCUGCACCAAUAUCUGUUGAGGAAUCGAUGGCGGAAGACCCCAAACACCUCGGAGACGAUGACCACAACGCUCUGGCUUGUUCCAAAAAAACACCACAAAAGUUCAAGGCGGCAGCGCUCGCUGUCCGCGCUGUAAUUCGCAUGCAAAUGUCGGCACUUUGUCACCGACAACUUCACUGCCACGACAACCGAUUCUGGUUCAACAGUCCGAAGUUGUUGCUUCGACUCUUUCAGUUCGCUACAAUUGGACAAGCUUUCUAUUUGGUAUGGCUUUCACUUGUAGAAAUUCCCAGCAUAACGGACUCGUCAGCUUCCAAUGGUGGCGGAUCGGCAUUCUUGAUUCUCAUGAUAUUUUAUCCAGCUCUGGCGCUCCUUGUCAUUACUCCACUCACGAUGCCAAGUCUCGUGCUGGUCAUGAGCCUCACGGGUAUUUUUGUGGAGCUAAACGCAAGCAACGGUGAUGACGUGGGAAACCAUCGCAAUGCGACUCAGGAAGAGGUGAAGACGCACACAAGGAUCAUACGUCGUUCAUUUUUGAGAAGUCACCACACGGAAAGAGGGAGUCACCUGCCGCUGCCCGUGACACCACCGCUUGGCCCAGCUAGUCCGUCUGGCUUGCCAAACCAUAUCGAAAAUCAACAGGACUCCGUAGCCUCUCCUACUAACGUAUUUCUCCGUAUCUAUGACUCACCAGUAUCUGCCAUCAAUACUGGCCGUAAGGAUAAUGGGCCUCGUUUCAUUCCUGCCAACAGCAACUCCGUGGGACGCGACAAUCCACUAGGUUAUUCAAGAAGCCAAAGCAGAUCCAUUGGCAGCAUCGGCAAUAUGUCGAGCCGAGCAUUUGACCUAGCAGCUUUCCAAUCUCAGGAUAGUGCCGUCGCUUCGUCUGCACCCGAAACGACCAACAGAAUGAAGGGUCAGGCUCCUCCUCAAUCGCUGUCUUCAUUCACCAGUAGCACAAGUAGUGCGUAUAAGAGCCCCCAAUCAACCACAAUGGAGAUCGGCGUGCCUGGAACCAAGAUGAAGUGGAGUCAGGCGAACGUUGAACUAGACACGCAAGUCGGUAGCGGUGCGACUGCUGACAACAAGGAGCAGGGGAAUGAUCUGGAGCAAGCCCAGAGCCCAGUUUCAGCGUCUUUUAAGACUUACUGCUCCAAAUACGGUGGCUAUCCAGACCAAUAA